GGAUGUUGAGUUGAAUCAGCAUGUAGCUGACACUCUCCGUAGAAGAAAAAAAAAGAUGGGAAAAACGACAGCAGUGACGCUACUUCUUCUGGUAUCAUGCAUCGGCGGGACUUUUGGGCAGUCCUGUGAGGUCAAAUGUGGGCAAAUGUCCGUCUCGUGCUCCUGUCACCCAACGUGCACCUCUCUGGGGAGCUGCUGCGCAGACUAUAAGGAAUUCUGCGUGGAAACAUUGCCGCACUCUGGUUCCAUUUUGGGUGGGGUGGAUUUACUUGUCCUUAAUGCCACGUUUGACAAAGGAUCCCCACUUGUGUGCAGGUUCAAUGGUGACACCGACACUGUGGGCUACGUGGAUGAGAGCGGGCGGGGUCACUGCAUCGCCCCGCUCUUGUACCAAACUGGAUGGGUUAGCUUGCACGUCUCCUCCGAUAACGGCACGGCGUUCAAUCGAGCUGGAGCCUGGCUGUCAGUGCACACGGGCAAGUUAGACGCCAAGUUCAAGGCCACGCUGGUCAACUCAACAAAGUGGCAGUACUACGGCACGCCUCAAGUUGGGGGCUCCCUGGAGAUGACGUGGGACACGUCACUGGUCCGAGAAGACCGAGUCAACAUUGAGCUGUGGGGUUAUAGAGAGACAGGUGAGUCACAUGACCUCUCAUUGAGAGAGAUGGGGAUAUUCAGUGUUGUUCAAUAUCUCCUUUUAGGGAAGCCCUAUUCAGAAGAGUGGCAGGCAGAAUGGAAGUAUCUGUACUCCCUUGCCAAAGAUCAACCCAACAAUGGCGCCUUCAGCUUCGUGCCACAGCCAGCUCUUCUCUUCUCCAGCUGGGAGCUCGGUGCAGUCCGCGUCAGCUCCAGCGUCCACUCUGACGGCAUAUGGAAUGUGCAAGCUGCAUGGACCGAGGACCACGCCCUGGCCUGGCACCUGGAGGACAAGUUCAGGGAGGACUCUCAGGCCUGGGCCCUGGAAAAAUGUUUGGCGUGGGAUCAGCUGGAAAUCACGCUGCCAAACUUCCUCAGCGAGAUCAUCGACUGCCCCUGCACGCUGGCUCAGGCCCGAGCUGACACAGGAAGGUUCCAUACUGAUUACGGCUGCGAUAUAGAAAAAGGAAGUGUGUGCACUUACCACCCGGGUAGUGUUCACUGCGUGAGAGCCAUACAAGCCAGUCCCAAGUAUGCAGCCGGGCAGCAGUGUUGCUACGACAGCAGUGGCGCUCAGGUGCUGACCGCAGACUCCAUAGGCGGCAGCACGCCAGACCGAGCCCACGAUUGGGGUUCGCCUCCUUACAGGAAGCCCCCAAGGGUCCCCGGACAGUCCCACUGGGUCUACGACGUCCUCAGCUUCUACUACUGCUGCCUCUGGUCCGACAACUGCUACUAUUACUUCAAACACCGGCCCUCCAGCGACUGUCGGCGCUAUCAACCUCCCAACUCUGCCGUGGUGUUUGGAGAUCCACACUUUAUAACUUUCGACGGGGCGCGCUACUCCUUCAAUGGCAAAGGCGAGUACAGAUUGUUGACGUCGGCCGGGAAAGGACUGGCAGUCCAAGGCAGAACGGAGCCGGUCAACGGGACGGCCAUCAACGCGACAAAGCUGUCGUCGGUCGCCAUGAAAGAGGCGUCCUCCGAUGUCAUCGAGGUGCGACUGUUACCCGGUCACAGCCGCCUCCAGGUGCUGCAAAAUCAGAAAAGUCUUUCGUUCGACGAGCAGAGCUGGAUGGACCUCAAUGGGGUGUUUGUGUUUUCUCCUGUGGCUACAAACGUGACCGUCAUGUUCCCCAGCGGCGCCGGCGUGGAGGUGCGGCUCAGAGAGGGAACUCUCGCCGCUUCCGUGCUCCUGCCCGAAGAAUUCCGAAACUCCACGGAGGGAUUGUUGGGAAACAUGAACGGCGACGCCACGGACGACCUCGUUAUCGACAACGGUCAGCUGCUGGUAAACUACAGUGACCCACAAGAGGUGUUUGACUUCGGGGCCAGCUGGGCUGUGUCCAACACAUCCGCCUUGUUUACGUAUGACUCCAAAUACCUUUUGGACACCUAUUACCAUGCCCCCAGGCACGACCACCAUUUUGUUCCUGUGUUUGUCGUCCACGAGCGUCCCGACGAUCCUCUCUACAACGUGGCGUCCGACAUUUGCUCUGGAGAUGGUUCUCAGUUCUGUCGGUAUGACAUUCUGGUUGGUCGUGAUCCAAAAAUGGGAAAUGCCUCCAAAAUAUCGUUCCUGAGUCACAUUUCCCUGGUGGAGGACUUAAAGCCAGUUAUUUCUUGCGGCUGGCUCGCACCGCCACCUAACGGCAGAAAGGAAGGCACUACCUAUUUGCAAGGGGCGAAAGUGCGGCUUUCCUGUGAUGACGGCUACACGCUGGAAGGAUCGUCCGAGCGCACCUGCCAGGGGAACGGACGUUGGUCGGGAGGGGACACGAGCUGCAUGCCAUCAAGUAAUAUUGCCGGCAUUGUCGCUGGUUCAGUCAUUGGUGCCUUGACACUGAUCGUAAUCAUAACAACACUCGUCCUCCACUCCCGGAAAAAGAAAAGGACACAGUCAAACGACACAUUUACAAAUGCUGACCUCUAACCAGGAUUUUCUCUCCCUGCUAUCAACUAAGUCAACAAUAUUCGCUAAAACUCAUAUUACAGCUUCCCUGCAGUAUUAACACUCCAGUUUUGUCGAUGCCACAUUAAAAAAAUGGCCCUUGUGGAUUACAAUUCACUAUUACAGAUUACACUUAUUUUAUCAGUAUAUUGUGCUCAAACAGAUAUGUACAGUCAUAACAUGUUAUAUACAUUUUAAGGGGAACUGCAAUUUUUGGGGGUAUUUUGCCUCUCUAUGUUGAAGAGGUUCAUUUAGCCUACUGACGUGUAUUUAUAAAUGGUUGAUUUAUAUAGGCUAGUAAGGUAAAGUGUUGUACCU